CAUCUGUUUAGAGAUUGUUGUUUUCUUCAUAGCAGGGGGAUCAAGCAGUAGUGUGACCAUUCAAUAAUAAUAGACAGCCAUCUAAAAUAAAUUUCUACGACCAAUUUUGGCACUAAUUGUAAUGUUUGCCUGGAUUUGUGUGCUACUAGUUCUCUUUUUCUACGUUACUUUUGAUGUCCACUACUUCGUCCGAGUUGCAGUGACAUGUGUCUUUGCCAAGUUCUUCAGAAAGAAAAUCACCAUCACGGAUGCUUCGGAAAUCUAUGGAGUAGUACUUCCAUCAGACACUGAUUUUCUGCUGAGUUUUAUGACAAACUCUAGAUAUCUGCGGGAAUACGACUUUGCGCGCUUUGAGCAUGCGACGAGGUCAGGACUGAUGGAGUUUGUCAUGAAAAGGGGAGGAAGUUUCCCUGUGAGUGCAAUUCACAUGCGUUAUCGACAACCAGCCAUGAUAUUUUCCGCCUACAAGGUAGUCACUCAGCCCGUUUAUUGGGACUCCAAGUUCAUUUAUUUGGAUCAAAGGUUGAUCACUUUGAAGGAUAACGUUGUUAGAGCUGCAGGAUACGCCAAGAUUGCUUGCGUUAAAUUCGACGGAGAUGAAACCAUGAAAAAAUUGUUUCCGAAAUCUAUUAAACCUGAAAUCCCUGCCGAUCUUAAAAUUUGGAACGAUGCAUGCAGUUUGUCCGCAGAGCUUAUGAAAAAAAGCAAGUAACAUAUUUCAGAAUACGUACAUAUAUUAUGUGAGAUUUUUGUGGAAAUGUUAGAUAAAUUAUAUAGAGUUGUAUAAUAAAUGAUUAUUGAUAAAGUGUCCACACUAAAAUGAGUACAUACUCACGCGUAUUUAUAAAAUAUGCAUAUGUAUAUGAGUGAAUUAUUUUGAAUGAUUUAAGAAAACUUGCCAGAAAUGUGUAACUACAUGCAUGUUUGUUUCACUACUUUUAUGCUAAAAGAAUAAAAAAUUGAAGACAAUGCGAAAA